GUGGGCGGAGCGAUCGGCGGGAGAGUGGGCGGGGCGAGGGGCGACCGACCGGGCGAGGGGCGAGUGGGCGGGGCGAGCGGCGAGGGGCGGGAGAGUGGGCGGGGCGAGCGGCGGCUCGGGGCCGCUGAGGGGAGUCCGGCCGGAGGGCGCCCGCGAGCCGGGCCUUCGCUCUGUCCCUGAGGCGGAGGGGCGCGGAGGAACCGGCGGCGGCAGGAGCGUUGAGGGCGGACACGCGGGGGACGGGACACUUCUCAAAAAGACGUCAGACAUGGCCACUAAGAUAGUUUCUAGCCGAGCAGGACAUAUGCAGCUGCCCCGAGCUGAAGCCAUCCGCUCAUACCUCAUCGAGACCUUCUCUCUGAUCGAGCAUCUGCAAGGCCUGACCCAAGCCGUGCCCCGGCACACCAUCAAAGAGGUCCUUGAUCCUUCUCGUAGGAUGAAGCUUAUGUUGGGAGACCAGCAUCAGCUUGUGCGCAUCUCCAUAAAGCCUCGUCAUACGGAGCAUAUUACAUACGGUCAGAGACUAAUGACCCGACUGGCAGUACGCUGCAAUAAGAGGCCACCGCUUUCCUUGUGGGCUGGAUGGGUCCUGGAUAGUCCUCUCUUCACAAACUUCAUCAUUUUCCUCAUCUUUUUGAAUACGAUUGUCCUGAUGGUUGAACUAGAACUGAUGGAAUACUCAGGUGAAUACCUAUGGCCACUGACUGUAUCUCUGGAGGUGGCAGCUUGGUUCAUCUUGAUUGUUUUCAUGCUGGAGAUCAUCCUUAUGUGGCUAUCUGACUUUUUUCUCUUCUGGAAGAGUGCCUGGAAUGUCUUUGACUUUAUUGUCACUAUAUUGUCUCUGCUUCCUGAGAUUGUGGUGGUGGUGGGGGUAAAAAGCCAAACGACUGUGUGGCUCCAGCUGCUGAGGAUCUGCAGGGUGCUAAGGUCUCUGAAACUCUUUGCAAGAUUCCGACAAAUUCGAGUCAUCAUCUUGGCUCUGGUCAGAGCCGUCAAGAGCAUGACCUUCCUCUUGAUGUUGCUGCUCAUCUUCUUCUACAUUUUUGCCAUCACUGGCAUCUACUUCUUUGAGAAAUACACCCGCUCCACUCGCCAGGACCUGACGUACCACAUGUACUUCUCGGAUGUGCUAAAUUCUCUAAUGACAGUGUUCAUUCUCUUCACCAUGGACCACUGGUAUGCUCUGCUUCAGGAUACCUGGAAGGUGUCUGAAACCAGCCGCAUUUUCAGCAGCAUCUAUGUCAUCCUUUGGUUGCUCCUUGGCUCUAUUAUCUUUCGAAAUAUCAUAGUAGCCAUGAUGGUUACUAAUUUCCAGAAUAUCAGGAAUGAGCUGAAUGAGGAGAUGACACAUUUGGAGGUUCAGCACAAAGCAGAUAUGUUCAAACGGCAGAUCAUCCAAAGGCGACAAAACCUUGCUCCUGAUGCACAGAAGUCAAGUUUGAGCAAAGUGGAUGUCAGAUAUUCCAGCCAACGAGAGGAACAUUUCAAUGCAUCAGAUGUUACUCAGGAUGAUAGUGCCAAUGAAGAAAAAGCAAGAAAGGCUGUAUCAGCACCAGAAGAGGAAUUGGUAGAAGAGGGGAAGGCAGUUCCUCAACCUCUUCUCUCCGUUCCUUUUUUCUCCUCCUCCUCCUCCUCUUCUUCCUCCUCCUCCUUUUCAUCCUACUCUUCUGAUUACGGAGAUUCUGACUCUGCUGAAGAUGCAGCUAAUUUGGACUGGGAGACUCAUGUGCACCAGAAUCUACCUGGGCUGAUGGAUAUGGAUCAAGAUGAACGUGUCGUUUGGCCUAGGGAUUCACUCUUCCGAUAUUUCGAAUUGCUAGAAAGCCUUCAGUAUAACCUCGAGGAACGUAAGCAGUUGCAGGACUUUGCAGUGCAAGCACUGAUUAAUUUGAAAGACAAAUAAAGCUGACAAUGGGAGGCUUCAAUGACUUUGUCAAGGAUAAUGAAGAAAAUAUACGGAAACAGAUGUCAAAAUAUUAAUGUCUAAUAAAUACAGCUGAUAGUU